AUGACGGUCAAUUCUAAAUACAAACGUACAUUGGAAGUAAGUCCCUUUGAAGUCAAUACACCAGUUCAGCAAAUAGGAUCUCAAUUUAGUACAAACAAAUCCAGAUUCAGAUGUACCUGGAAAGGCUGCAAACACAUAGAACACACAAACAAGAAAAUCGAAAGACAUAUAAGAAAUGUUCAUCUUGGCAAUAAAAAGGCACGACGUUCUGCAGAUUAUGAUGAAUCAUGUAGCGAAAAUGACCACGAAGAAGAAUUCUACUAUACGGAAAUCGAAGACGAGGAUGAAGAUAGCAAAACGCCGAGCACUACAUCGACUCCCACACUCAGCCACCGUGAUAUGGCGCGCCCACCGCAUGAAGAUCCGGAAUACCAAAGAAAAAUAGUUGGAAAUUUUAAGCAAGGACGUGUCAAUCAGCAGCAACUUCAACAAAACCUGGGUCAAAAUCUAAGCAGCAGCAAGACAGUAUAUCACUGCGGCACUUAUAUUACGAAUAGCAAUAGCAGCCAUAACCAAAAUAAUCAGCAAAUGCAGAAUAAUUGUGUUUCGACUUCACCGCUCACUCAUCACACCUACUGGCAGUCAUCGUCAGUACCAGUAGUACCAGCCGCGCCAACUGCCACUGCAUCGGUGACAACAAAUUCAAGUCAUCAGCAACCGCAAUAUAUUAAACAUGCUCGAUCAUCGCCACGUCCGUCCCAGUCGACCGCUCCAUAUCCAUCGCCAACGUACCAUCACAAUUAUAGCAGUAGCCCGAAUACGUGCAUAAGCAGCAAUGGCAACGGCAGUACCACUAGCAACACAUGCAGCAAUCAAAGCAAUUCCAUCAUACCCAAUAACAGUGCCAACAAUAUGCUCCAGCAACUGUCUCAACAAAAUGUCACGGUGACGGCGCAUAACAGUGCCCAUCACAACCAGCAGCAAGAACAUCAACAAGUACCGGCAGUAACUAUCACGCCAAAUUAUCCAAGCCAUCAGCAGCAACAACAGCAAUCGCAACUACAGCACAUUCAUGGUCAUCAGCAAACGACGCAUUCAAACACUGCCAGCGCUAUAGUGACACUCCCCACCACACAUAUAAACCACCUACCGCAACAGCAACAACAGGCAUCUCAUCACCAUCAACAGCAGCAUGCACAACAUGUAGCAGUUGCCACAACAACUAAGCACUCACCGAACUCACCAAAUAGACGCACUCGAGGCGAGAACAAGAAGUGCCGCAAAGUAUAUGGUAUGGAUCGUCGUGAUCAAUGGUGCACUCAGUGUAGGUGGAAGAAAGCUUGUAGUCGAUUCGGUGACUGAAAAAGGCCCAAAGCGUCGGCGACCACGGAAACGGCGGCGACGGCGACAGCGACAGCGACAGCGGUAGCAGCGAAAAUUACUUCAACAGCAACGACAGAGCUAGCAGCGGGAGCUAAAUUAAAGUCUCUAGCAAUAGAUUUGGGAAGCACAGAAACACAGGUAGCGUCAACCUAUUUCAAUACAAAGUACAAGCGAACAUGCUGCAACUAUAAUCUUGGCCAUAAUUCCACCAGAAAUACUAUUAAUAAAUACAAGUGUUCGGCAGCUUCUGUACCAGCAACUGCCGUAGCCACCUCCGUUAUUGUGAAGCCACUAAAUAAUUUAAGUAAAAUCUCUGCUAGCAAGAACUAUCAAAACACUGCCAGUGGCAGCAAAAUUAUCCAUGCGCCGUUGAGUGGCAACCAUAAAUAUGGUGCAAACACGGAUGCUGAUGUACACUUGCAACUGCAACAACAAACACAGGUUGUUACAACUGCCAAUAACAGCAACAUCAAUAUCAACAAUCAUUUGCUACCCGCUACAG